CGAGCACUUGUUUCAGCGCAAUGGCUCGGUCACAUUGACAGGGCUUACCUAGCUAGCUAGUUUGAAAAGCAGAGGUUUGUUUGGGGAAAUCAUGUACUCAGCAAAACGUAUAUAUUUGACGUGUCUUGGUGCUGGGGUGAAAUAUCAACAUCUGACAAAGUCUGUGGAAGUCGCUUCGACAAUCAUCUAUUCGCGGACCGUGUCCAGAUGGGUUACGGAAUAUGGACACCAUUCUCACAAACGGCAUGGGUUCUGGAGGAAUAUACACCAAAGUGUCAUGUCCCGUGCUAUGAGGCAUGCUAGCACGACUGUUGCUCGCGCCGCGCCCCAGUCCACAGUGGACCCCAGCGAAACCAAGAAAUUCCAGCUGCUCGCCGGCAAGUGGUGGGACGUGCAGGGUGAAUUCGCCCCCCUCCACUCCAUGAACGAUCUCAGAGUCCCCUUCAUACGGUGCGUGCUUGAGGACAAUCUGCUGAAUAUGCACGGAGGCCGACAGUGGGGCGGACCCCUCUCUGGGCUCAGGAUACUGGACGUGGGCUGUGGAGGUGGAGUGCUCACAGAGCCGCUGGGCAGACUUGGCGCAGAUGUGCUAGGGAUCGACCCUGUAGAGGACAGCAUUCGGAUGGCGGAGCUGCAUGGGUCGUUUGAUCCAGCCCUGAUGGAGCGCGUUCAGUACCGGGCGUGCACUCUGGAGGAGCUGUCUGAGGAGGAGGCCGAAGGAUUUGACGCUGUUGUGGCCUCCGAGGUGGUGGAACACCUGGCUGACUUGGACACCUUCGCCUGUUCCUGUCACCAAGUGCUAAAGCCAGGAGGGUCCCUCUUCAUCACCACCAUCAGCAAGACCAACCUUUCCUACGCGCUGGCCAUUGUGGCAGCCGAGCAGAUCCUCCGCAUUGUGCCAAGCGGGACACAUGACUGGGAGAAGUUCAUCAGCCCAGUCGACCUGGAGCGCCUGCUAGAGUCUAGUGGCUUCUUUGUGGAGUCUGUCCGUGGCAUGCUGUUGAACCCGGUGACUGGAUCCUGGAGUUGGAUUGAGAGCACUGCCAUCAACUACGCCCUCCAUGCGGUGAAGCAGAGGGAGGAGCCGCAGCCUGACUAUGCCCAGUCAGCCGCCGAGACCGAGGGCCACACGAGCGAGCCUGAAGCCAGAGCUGGAGGGCCACCUGGACCAGGGGCCGGGCACAACUGAGAACUUUCUGCUGCAAAGAGACAGAUAAUUCAGCCACUGCCCACACAGUGCUGGGACAACAGAGAGAAGAAAGCUGAGUGCUGUCAGUACUCUGCUGUCUGUGUGAUGAUGAUGGGGAGAAAGUGCUUGAGAGACUGUUAAGGCAGUGUUAUUUAGGGAGGGAUAAGAUGGAUUGGUGCCAAAUAUUGGUCCCUAUACACUCCAUGGAGUGGAAAUGGCAGAUUUAUGCUGUUGCCUUCAUUUUCCCUUUCAAACCCAUUUCAAAGUGAUACUAGAGGUGCUGUACGACGUUUACUGCACAUUUGGAAGGCCUGCCUCGAUCUCAGCCAGCCUGGCUCAGUGGUGUCCUGUGUUGUGUUUGUAGGCCUAUGGAAAUCGAUCUCCCUGAUAGCCAGAGGCACUAUUACAACCACAGAGGGAUUGCCGUGAUCCGUUUCCGUUUGUUCUCCUUCAGGAGCUAACCAUGCUAACGGGUUAUACCGUGCGAAUUGGCAGUACCCGAGUGCAUAUCUCUCGGCAACAGUAAUACAAUGAGUUUGUCAGGAAACGGAUGAAAAAUACCAUGAAUGAUCCCAGUUUACCGAAGAGAUCUGUACUUAGCUGUGUGGCAAUGUGUUUAAUUUCCAUUUCCAUUUCAAUAAAAGUUAUAUAAAAGGCUA